AUGGGUCAUUCCAAAAGGGCUCCCUUCAGUGGACAACAAUCGAAACCAAAGAAAAUUAUUGAUAAUCAUUUUGACACUUUUUUUGUUAUACAUCGCACUUCUGAUCUGAAAGAAACUUUCCAUACUGUUUCACCAUUUCUUGUCGAAAAGGCUAUUACCGGGUCUCUCGGUAAGGUUGAGUCUAUCCGUAAACUACGUUCAGGCGACCUUCUUGUGGAGGUCAAAACUCGUAAACAAUCGCAGCAAAUACUGAAGCUGAAAAACUUGGCCACUAUACCAGUGUCGGUUAGCGCUCAUUCUUCCAUGAAUAACUGCAAAGGAGUCAUAACUUGUGGAGAACUUUUUAAUGAAACAAUUGAAAAAAUUACUGCAGAGUUAGCUUUUGAAGGAGUAACACACGUACGACGUAUUUCUGUUCGUCGAGACGGAAAACUCCUUCCUACGAAGCAUCUAAUUCUCACAUUCCACAGGCCUAAAUUACCCGAGUAUAUCAAAGUUGGUUACAUGAGAUUACCGGUGAGACCAUACAUCCCAAAUCCGCUACGAUGCUUCCAAUGUCAGAGGUUUGGUCACGCUAAAACUGCCUGCCGCGGGACAAUCACAUGCGCCCGCUGUGCGGAGAAAGGUCAUGAAAGUGAACACUGUAACGCACAAGAGAAGUGUGUUAACUGCUUCGGUAAUCAUACUUCUUAUUCCCGCUCCUGUCCUCGUUGGCAAAUUGAAAAGCAAAUUGUAGCUGUGAAGUUUAAAGAGAAUAUAUCGUAUCCUGAGGCAAGACGCAGAGUCACAGCACAGACACCGGUACCUGGUAUCAGUUAUGCCUCUGCGACACAAGGAAAAAUUGAUAAAAAUAUUAGCAGGAAACUAUCACUUGAAACCUCCACCAACUCUGAUUCUGAACCAUCUGGAAAUACUGUUCCAGAGACACCUAAAUUGCAAAAAGCUACUUUAAGGUCUAAGUCACAAAAAUCUCUCGCUUUGAAACUCUCAAAGCGCGGUCUUUCACCAAAAGCGCUACCCUCUAAACUGAAAAAAUCUCUUGUUCAUAAUUCAGUUGCUUUGGAUUUGGCGUCACAAGGCGUAGCCCAUAAAGAUUUAACGUCUAUUUUUGGUGGCGCCUCCAAAGGCCCAGACCUCAUUUCUCUACAUCCAUCUGAAGAAGAGGAUGAAGAUCUGAAAAUGAGUUGUGAUAUUUCACCAACUCAAUCUAAUGUUCCAACUGUUUCUGAUGCAACAAAAAUUACUUAA